AUGUGGAACUUUCAAAGUUGUCUGUUGUGCAUUUCUGUGACACUUCUAAUACUAAUUCACAAUAUUAUAAUGAUAAACAAUGCAAUAUCCUAUUUUCCAACAAACUUAAUCCCUGAUGAACUUGAUUUUAAGUUGAAUAUUGUACAUCGAAUGAAAAGUCAGUUAUUGACUAAAAUAACUGCAAUACUAUGCGGUACAACAAUAUGUACUGUAUAUUGGAUAAUAAUUUUGUUGGUUAGAAUAAAACCGAAGUAUAUUAACCAUUAUCAGUACAGACUUUACUUCUAUUGCAUAAGGUGUACAUGGAGUUUGUUUAUUUUACCUUAUGUCAUAUUUUCAUCCAUCUUAAGCAUAUAUACCAUGCUGAUAUUGUUGGAUGAUAUUGGAUUUUUAAAAAAUGAUACUUCAUAUCAUUUGUAUGCCAUCUUUGAUGCACUAGACUCAACGGAAUUUUCAGCCAACCAAAAAGUUCAAUUGAUAAAUUAUUUAGAAGGACUGCAGUAUGAUUUUAGUUGCUGUGGUGGUAAAUCAUUUAUGAACUGGUUACUAAGCAAGCAUUCAAUUCCAGUCGAAUAUUUAAGAGGAUUUAAUGCAUCUAAGUAUAUUCUUGAACAAGAGGUAUUCAAUCCGUGGAAUUUAAGAGAACAUACAGAAUUUUUACCACUUAGUUGUUGUGAUCGUAAUAGAAGUCUCUAUUGUUCAAUGGAGGUGCUCAAUCCAAAUACUACUUUGGAUUUUGAUCAAAUAAGUCAAAUUGUACCAGUUUACACUCGUGACUGUGUGACUUCCAUUACACUACAAAUGACAAGCGAGCUGAAUUCUAUGACGUGGAUGUAUUCCAGCCUUAAUAUUAGUCUACACCUAUUGCAACUCUUCCUGAAUGUAAAGACGUAUGAAAUCGUUUCGGCUAACUUUCCAUGCAAAACGUGGUCUUUCAUACCAGCCAAAUUUCAUCGAAACUUAACUCCUCCGUCAAAGAACUCUGUGGAAUAUAGUACCGGGUCUAUAAAUCGAAUGGCAGGAUCAAUAACAUACGUAGAUAGUUCUUUAAUGCAUUAUGAUGAUUCCGCGUUAACUGGAUCUGUGACAACAGUAAAGAGACCUGAAAAGUUAGCUCAUUCUUCUGGUUCCAUUACAAAUAAUGAAGGCGCUUACAUCCAUCAAACUUUGCCUAAAACUCAUAAUGAUAAUUCAAAAACUCAUAGAACAGAAUCGAAAAUGUAUACUGACGGUUCACGAGAGUAUAAAGAUGGGACAAUCACUCCAGGACCUUAUGAUGCUAGACAAGAUUGUUUACUUGGGCGUACGAUACACUUAUUUUAUGGGCCAGCUGGUUAUGUAUCAACUACAAAAUUACUUGAAGCAUGCCAAAACUUUCACCUAUAUGCUAGGCCAAGUGAAGAAAAAUUACAAGAUUUAUCUUCUAAAGUGGAUCACAUUGAAAAGAAGAUGCAUAUUGGAUGGGUAUUAAAGGAUUCGUCUAAAGAGCAAUCAUUCACUUUUUAUGUGCCAAGAUUGGAUUUCAAAAAUACCAAGUUGAAACAUUCCCAUGAGUUUCGAUAUUACUUACGAAAUCGUCUACCACUACUAGAAGCCUUGUUAUAUGCUGAUGGUAAUGAUCUAGUGAACAGAGAAGCAAAUUACAUCUAUCGCAGUUAUUCAGUGUUUAUACUUCGUGCUGUCAUUUUUCUAAUUAUAGGUUAUGUGGCAAGUAAACUGAUAUUAUUAAUUAUCAAUAAUGUUCAGUCAAGUAAUGCUUUAUUGGACAAAGUGAGUCAUCAGAAUGGUGAACAUGAUAACCCAUAUUCUUGGAUUAACAAGAGGUAUAGUGAGGAUAUUCGUAAAAUAAUGGAAAUCGUUGAAAGACAAACAAAAGUGUUGGUUACCAUAACAAUAAUGGUUGGUGUAUUGAUUUCAUUACGUGUGCGUUGCUUAUUGUUCUUAAUGAUACCAACAUUUGGAUUGGUAGUCGGUCAUGUAUAUCUUGCUAAUCAAAUGAUUUACACAUCAUUUAUUGGACCAUUAACAUCAAGUGAAUAUAAUAUGAAAUCAGUGAGUAGUGUUUUGAGUUGUUUAAGUAAAGCAGCGUAUAGCAUUUCAAGAGAUUUCAACAAAUUUGAUUAUAUAGGUUCCACAGUUGAUAAUGUAAGCAAAUUUUCAGCUGACUUAAUUCUUUCACCAAACGAAGAAACCUUUUAUCCUUUGGAUCAUAUUUCAGUAUCAUCAUCGUUGUUAGAAGUGAUACGUGACACUGGUGAAAAGUUGAGCAGUACAGUUGUAGACUAUAAGAAUAACUUACCAUCACUAGACAAACUGACUGAAAACUAUAAAAACUUGACUGAAAAGUUUGAAAGUUCUUAUUCAAAGAAUGAAAUUUCAAAAAUACACCAUGAAUUAGCUAGAAACCUUUCAAUAACAAUGAAGGAAAGAUUGGAUCAAAGAAUUGAGAAGUAUAAACAUGAUGUUAGGCAUUACUUAGAAAGAGAAAUUUCUUCAAAUGCAAACAAUUAUUUCAAUAUGAAUAUUGUAUCUCAAGGUAUGGAGAUGGAGUACGAAAUGCUCAAUAAUUUAAUACAUUUCUGUAUGAUUAUACAUGAAAGAAAAUUUGCCAGCUGUUUAAAUAAAGCCAAAGAGAUAUGUAAUGAUCUGCAAAACAACCGUCAGUUUCAAGGUUCCUGGUUUAGUAGUCUGUGUGAUGAUCAUUUUCAGGCGGAGGAGUUUUGUGAUUUAUUCAAUUACAUAAAAGCGGUUAGACAGGAGUGCUCAGUUGAGGUAAUAUCAUUCGCACCUGAAUUUGGCCUUUUCAGUUACCUGAAGGAAUCCUAUGAAUCGCUUAACGUGUUGAAUAGCUCAAUGAAGGUUGAAAUAUUCCUUAAUGAAAGCUUUAUAAAUAAACAAAGCCUUAUAUGGAAAGAAUGGGAAAAAGAAAAUAAGCAUAUGGAUAAACCAGUGACUUCUUCAAUGAACAUUCUCUACUAUUCACUUUUAUUAUUGACUACACUAUUGAGAUUAACGUUUCUUUUACUGAUCUAUACAGUGCAUAAAUAUAUUUCAAAUUAUUUACUGAAUGUCAACUUUGAUAAUUUAUAUUGUGAGCCAACAUGUGAAAUGAUUGAUAGGAAACGUUUGAAAGAAGUUAGAGAAACCUUAUUUCCCUUGAAGUUAAGUGAAAAAUCCUUUGUUCUAUGGACUAAGUUUGGUUACACUUGGAAAAAUAUUAAAAAGUCAUUAUUCCGUUUAUUUUUUGUGAUUUUUCUCGGCCUAGCACUACUCUGUAUCUUUUACCUAGAUCAUUACAUGCAUCACUUGAUAAUUUCAAUGGAUGAAUUACUUGUAAAUAACACAGGAAAUAAUGAUGAAUUGUCCGACGAUAUUCAGAGAUUUACAACUGGUUUUACCACUAAUAUUACGGAAGGUACUUAUGCCAAAGUCAUUGGAAAUGGACUGUUCAAAGAAAUGAUCAAUAAGUUACUACAAAGUGUUGGACAUCUAAAACAAAUAAAUUUAGAUUAUAACGUUGAUCAUUGUGCAAAGAGUGCCUAUGAAACAGAUCCAACACAUAAAGCUCAUUUUUAUUCAGUAUGGAUGAUAUUUACUAUACUAUCAUUGAUAUCAAUUGGUCUCUUACGUAUUCGUCAUAGAAUUGUAAAAUUUUUCUAUCCUGCACAAACAAGGCGUCGUGCAGUAGCCUUAUAUAAUUACCUACUAGCACAACGUCGGAAUCAGUUAACUAAAUCCCGUCAUCGAAUCAUUCAUUGUGCACAACUUGGUCGUUUACAAGAAGAAGUUGAACGUCUAUCGCAACCAUCAUUUUUAGCCAGACUGUGUUCACAGUUGGCAUGUUUACUUGGUAUGGAUAAGGUUACUUGUGUCAUAUGUUCGGAACAAUUUGAACAUAAUACAGAUAUCUUAAUAUGUCCUAUCGAUAAUGCAGCAUUUUGUCAAUCGUGCCUGCUAACGAUCAUGAAAGACAAUGUUUGUAUAGCCUGCUUAGAUCGCGAUCCAAAACAACUGUUCAAAGAGAGUAGGAAGAUUCAGAAAAUGCUUAAUCGCUUAAGUCAGUCAGAGAAUACUAAUUUUUUUUAA